CCCCCCCUCCCUCCCGCUGCAGUCCGACCUGCUGCUUCUCUCACCGGCAGCAGCGAUGCAGAGGAGACACGGUUCUUCUCCGGCGCUCAGCUCCACAUUAACCGGACCAUAAGUGACUAAAGUCGGAUCUGAUCUCUUUGUGCGGAGCUGCGGGGGAUGGUGUCGCCUCCUGGAGCCGGAUGAGCAGCCGCAGAGGAGGGAGGGAGGACUAGCUGGAGGAGCAGCCGGGGCUGCUGGGUGAAACUCGGCUUCCGUGGAGGAUUUCACCGGGACAUUCUUGUUAAUAUUCUCGACCCCGUCUUUGAGCAGACUCCCCCCACUGGUGGCGAUUGACUUCGGGAUUGGCGCUUGGUCCUCGAUGCCCCGGAGGCCCGGAGGAGCCCAGACUGCGGAGCCCCGGAGCAGGGCUCGGACACCGGGCAAGUAGCGGAGGAGUCUGUCUGUCUCUCUGUCUGACUGGACUCUGCUGAGCCUCGUCCACCAUGAACCCUCUGAACCAGAUGAAGGCUGGACUGGGCAACAACCCACACAGCGACGGCUCGUAUCCCUACGACCCCUCCAGCUGGCAGCAGCAGUCCAAUCAGCCGACUGGAUCCCUCUCCGUGGUAACCACCGUCUGGGGAGUGACCAACCCUUCGGCCAGCCAGGGGCUGGGCGGAGGAGUGAUGGGGCCCGGGGCCAACCAAGGAGGGGGGCCCAUGAUGCAGGGCCCUGGGGGUCCAGGCAUGGCCGGAGGGCCCGGUGGCUACAUGGGCCAGCAGGGCUACGGAGAGCCCAACAAGGGCUACAUGAACCAGGGCAUGUACGGCCGCACGAGCGGGGGCUACGCCGGAGGACCGGGAGGCUACACGAGCAGUUACCCGUCCAACCCCGGUGCCUCCAGAGGCUCUGCUGACUUCACUCAAGCCGCCGCCGCGGCCGUAGCCGCUGCCGCUGCCACAGCGACCGCCACUGCCACGGCAACCGUCGCCGCCAUCCAGGAGAAACAAAACCAAGAGAUGAACUACGGACAGAUGGGAGGUCAGGCCUAUAACAGCCAGUUCAUGGCCCACUCGGGCCCCCGUGGCCCCCCUGGAGGCAUGGGCCCUGGAGGCAUGGGCCCUGGUCCAGGGCCUACCAGGGGGCCCCCCUCAAUGGGCCCCAUGUACGGACCUGGUGGGGGCCCACAGAGGGUCCCCCAGCACCCAAACUAUGGUCCUGGACCCCAGCAGGGCCACCUGAGGCCCCCGCAGGGUCUGAAGCGGCCCUACAGCUCCGAGUCGUUCCCAGGAAUGUCGCAGCAGUACGGUGUUCCCGUCGGCUCCGGUGUGAACGUGAUGUCGGGUCCUGGCGGCGGCGGGAUGGCGGGUUCAGGGGGAGGCGGUCACCCCGGGCCUGGUCCGUACUCCGGACCCAACAUGCAGUACCACCCAGGUCCCGGUGGUCCAGGCCCCGCCCCCCAGCGCUCAGGCUCCUCCCCCUCCUAUCAGAGCCAUAAAAUGUCCCUCCCACAGUACCCCCCCUCCGGACCCCCCAACUCGCAGUACUACAAGCAGGAGCAGUUUAACGGUCAGGGUGGAGGAUUAAACCCUCUGACCACAGGGGGCGCUGGUGUCUACAACUCCUUCAGCCAACCAUCAGGGCCUGGUCGAGGGUUGCCAGGUUACCCCUCCUCCCCAGUACCCGGUAACCCGACCCCUCCCAUCACCCCCAGCAGUUCCAUGGCCCCGCCCUACAUGUCGCCGGGCAACAGUGAUGUCAAACCAUCACCCUCUUCCUUCCUGCCUGACAUCAAACCCAACAUGGCCGGCCUGGUCCCGCCCCCUCCUACAGGUAACCCCAGCGACGACCUGCGGCUGACCUUCCCGGUGCGAGACGGCGUGGUCCUAGAGCCCUUCAGGUUAGAGCACAACCUGGCCGUCAGCAACCACGUCUUCCAGCUGCGAGACUCCGUCUACAAGACGCUCAUCAUGAGACCUGACCUGGAGCUGCAGUUUAAGUGUUACCACCACGAGGAUCGACAGAUGAACACGAACUGGCCCGCCUCCGUCCAGGUAAGCGUGAACGCGACGCCUCUCACCAUCGAGCGAGGCGACAACAAAACUUCCCAUAAGCCUUUGUACCUGAAGCAGGUGUGUCAGCCAGGAAGGAACACGAUCCAGAUCACAGUGACCGCCUGCUGCUGCUCCCACCUGUUCGUCCUGCAGCUCGUCCACCGUCCGUCCGUCCGCUCCGUGCUCCAGGGGCUGAUGAAGAAGAGGCUGCUGCCGGCGGAACACUGCGUCACCAAGAUCAAAAGGAACUUCAGCAGCGGUUCAAUUCCCGGGACCCCAGGGCUGAAUGGAGAGGACGGCGUUGAGCAGACGGCAAUCAGGGUCUCGCUCAAAUGUCCCAUCACCUUCCGCCGCAUCCAGCUGCCGGCCAGAGGUCACGACUGCCGACACAUACAGUGUUUUGACCUGGAGUCGUACCUGCAGCUCAACUGUGAACGAGGAACCUGGCGAUGCCCCGUGUGCAAUAAGACAGCUCUGUUAGAAGGUCUGGAGGUGGAUCAGUACAUGCUGGGGAUCCUCAUCUACGUUCAAAACUCGGAGUACGAGGAGAUCACAAUCGACCCGGUGUGCAGCUGGAAGCCGGUCCCGGUGAAGCCUGACAUCCACGUGAAGGAGGAGUCUGACGGGCCAGUGCUUAAGCGCUGCAGGACGCUGAGCCCGAGUCACAUGGUUCUGCCCAGCGUCAUGGAGAUGAUCGCCUCGCUCGGCCCCGCCCCCUCCGCCUCCUCCCCCAUGCCCUACCCCUCCUUGACCGCAGGGGGCGGCGGCAACAGCGGUCACACCCCCGACUACCCCGGACCAGCUCCGUCCUACUCUCAGUCCGGGAGUUUCUCUGACUACAGCGGUCCCGGGACUCCGGGGGUCGGGGGGGACUUCUCCUCCCCCGGGCCCCCCCCCCUCUCCUAUCAGUCUGAACUGUCCAGUGCCCUCCUCACCCCCGACAAGCCCCCCCCUCACCCACUGGCCGGACAGAUGUCUGUCUCAGGCCGUAUGGACUCCACUUCCCAUGGUGCACCUCUCUCCCAGCAGCAGGCACAGGGUCUCCACGGCAACUCCCAAAUGGGGGGCGGCAACAGCCAGAUGAUGCAGCGUAGCAACCAGAACCCCCGUCUCCAAGGCGACGGCUCCUUCGGGCUCGGGGGGCCGGACGUUCCAGAACCUUCUCUGGACCUGCUUCCUGAGCUGACCAAUCCCGACGAGCUGCUGUCGUACCUCGGGCCUCCAGAUCUGCCUAGCAACAAUAACGACGACCUGCUAUCGCUGUUUGAGAACAACUGAACGCGCGCGCGCACACACACACACACACACACACACACACACACACACACACACACACACACACACACACAUACACACACACGUUGAUGUUACUGUAACAUACGAACUCUCCGGCUCUUCGCCCGCCAACACGACCGUCGGUCCAAAAUGGCUGCCGCCUGCACAGGAAGGAGCGGACGAUAAACAGGAAACAAAAGAGGAAAAAAAACAAAAAACUUUUAAAUAUGAAAACUCUUUGAUGUGACGAUGAACUUGUAAUUUUAUUUUAUUUUUUAUUCUGUCUCUGUAUUUCGAUGCUUCAUGGUUCAUUCCCUGUCGAAGCGUCGCUGCUCACAGACGCUACAGACGAGUCGGUGUCACGUUCACAGACCAGUCGAUGUGAGCCGAAACAUUUUCUGAAACACGGUUGAUUUGACUCUGUUUCCUCUCAUGAUGUUUUCUUCGCAUAAACUUUAAAUCAUGUGAAACUUUCUUUAUAGAAAACGAUUCAUCUAAAAAGUGAAAAAAAAAUCCAUCAAUCCUCUGUUUCCUAAUUCAUCUGAUCUAAAGAAAAACCAGGACGUGUUCCAACAUGCUGCGUUACAGGACACGCCUCCGUACAGGACACGCCUCACUGAUUGGCUGGAUGUGGCCACGCCUCCGCCGCCAUCACAUCACAGAACGAGGAACAUUCUGAUCCGAUAAGGCACAACAGACGUUCUGCUGGCAGCCGGGUCUCUCCACCUCAGUUGACCUUCAUCACUGAGCGUGUCGGAGGAACUGUUCCACAGUUCUAAUGUUCCGCCCUGAAUCAGAGGUUAAAUGGCAAAAAGUGUAAACGUGGCCCGACCUCGCUCGACUUGUUCACACCGGCAACUUCCUGUCUGGGGCGCCGUCGUCUCUCCUCGGCUUGAACUUGCGGCGCCCUGAACGCAGCACGAGGCUUUCAGGUUUCCCAAAGACAAACAGAAAUAUGAAGAAGAAGAGGAAACACUGAUUGUUUGAUCGUUGCCACAGAUUGUAUAUGUGAUAAUAAACAACAGUUCAUCUUCCUCA